CUUAAAGUACAUACCGGCUUUCUUGGGGAAAACGCUGACAAGGCGAUACAAGAAAGAAGUUUGAAGUAAAUUGCACUUAAGAGCUCUCAGAAAUUUAAAAGUAUGUCACAGUACUGUCAAAAGAUUCCAUUGUUUCUGGCCAGUAGACGACGCUACCUUGACUUCAUUUCUGUGUUUAUUUUUCUUAGCUUUUUUCAAGACGAAAUUUACUGUUACAAAGAGGAAUAAAAAGGAUCAGGAUUUAAUCAAAUAAUGGAUAAACAAGCGACAAAACAGGGCGCAGCUCGUACUUUUAGAAUUCUGAAAUGCGCCAAGAAAUCCGAGGUGGUGGUAGCUCCUUUGGAAAGUGCGUCCCAAGAAGUCUCAAUCGGGAACUUCCCAGUUCUGGAUCUGCAAAAUAACUGCCGCCUGUGCCUGGAGGAACCCAAACCCAGUCUUAUGUUGGACAUGUCUGACUGCUAUGACCAGGAAUCGGGAUUGAGCUACUAUGACUGCUAUGAAAUUUGCACCAGGGAGGAUCUCCGUCAGAGACCAAGUCAUGAGCCCAGGACUCUGUGUAAACGAUGUGCUGUGGAACUUCAGUGGGCCUAUGAUUUUCAUAAAAAAGUGGCUCUGGCUAAUCAGCAGUUGUUGGAGAUAUUCGAGUCCUCCGUUCGGGACUCCUCCGAGCAAGAAAUGGAAGACGAUGAUUUGGAUGAAGAGUACUUGGUAGACGAUGAGGAAAACGAGGAGGAUGGAGAGAAGAAAGAGGAUGAAAAUGAUCAAGAAUCUCAAGAAGAAAACUCAGAGGACCUAUCGACCCACCAAGGGCCUUCCGGAGUAGUCAGCUGCAAAUUUUGCCACAAGGUUUUCAAAAAUCGGUCCCGCAUGUUGACGCACGAGGCGCUUAAAGUUCACGUGGAAGCGAAGCACCAGCAUUCUGGGGUCACCUGCGACACAUGCGGUAAAGUCUUUGCCAUUGCCAAGGCUCUUGAGAUACACAAACGCUACCACUCAAGAGAUUUCCCCUUCGCCUGCGACCUAUGCGAUCGCAAAUAUGCCCAACGAUCCCACCUAACCGUCCACCAAAAAGUGAAGCACAGUGGAGAACGAUUUAUUUGCGAAUAUGGCAACUGUAAUAAGACAUUUACGUCGUCUUCAUCGCUGCGCUAUCAUGAGUACACACAUACGACGAUGCCAUUCGAAUGUGGACACUGUCAGAAAAGGUUUCCAGCUCGAACAAAACUGCGCCUGCACAUAGAAGGCGCCCACAACCGGGUAGUAGAGAUCGACGAGCUCGAGGAAAUGAGAAAAUUUCGUGUAUCUCGCUCCAAGCUGGUUUUGACAAAGAUUCAUGAAAAGAAAAAGCCAUAAUUUAAAAUGUAUCCUAACAAAACAAAAACUAUGUGAUAAAUUAUGUUAGUAUGUAGUUCUGAAUGAAACUCAUUAUUUGUUCUUACAAAUAUCACAUACAGUUUAUUUUACGCUUUGCUUUGGUUAACUUACACUGAUAGGUUAGAUAAACACAUAUAAACGGAUAGAUUUUCGAUAUAGACAAAAUAAAUGCUGCUACAUCUGAUUAGUA